UCUGUGUCUCAUCAAUAUGUCUUUGCAGGCUGAUUUUGACCAGGCCGCACAAGACGUGAGGAAGCUGAAAAGCAGACCAGAAGAUGAAGAACUCAAAGAACUCUAUGGGCUCUACAAACAGUCCAUCAUCGGAGACAUCAACAUUGGUGCGUGUCCGUGUCCCGCAAUGUUAGAUCUAAAGGGGAAAGCCAAAUGGGAAGCCUGGAACCUCCAGAAAGGGGUGUCGAAGGAAGACGCCAUGUGUGCCUAUAUUUCUAAAGCGAGACAGCUGAUUGAGAAAUAUGGAAUUUAGAAUGUGAUGGAGACAGAUGUCUUUUGGAAGCCUUCAUUAAUAACUCUCUAAAUAAAAUUGUGUUUUUUUUUCUA